AUGGAUGCGGAGGUUUCAUUUCGUCCAAAAUACCGCCAGAUUUUGAAGAAAGUACCGAAACUGCCUAAACAACGUUUGGCAAAAGCAUCACAGAUUGAAGAGAAGUCAUUAACAGGUGUAAAUGAACAUAAAACGACAGCUUCUCGUCCAAGAACAAAGACAAAAGGGAAGACAGGUCCAGGUCAUGAACGUGUGUACAAGGAAACACGGCAAAACCUUUCCUCAUUGGCCCUUGCAAAUGCAAUCCCAUCUUCAACUUACGAUCAGGACAGAUCAAACACAUCGAAGGGAAAAACAAACGACAAGCAAAACAGUAUGACGAGUAAGGGCGUGGCAGCUACAUGCCAGCCCCCAAUAACAAAAACACGCACCAAUAGAAGAUACAUAGAUUGCGAUACAUCUUUGAAAAUACGCGCUAGAACGCCAGAUAAAGCGAAUUGUACUGGAACUGAAUCACCAACGUGGGAUUCAACGAUACGAACAGUCCUUGAUUAUUCCCAACAUAAUCUACAAAAGCCGGAUGAUACGGAACGUGAAGCAAAUAUCAAAACAGAGAAAAACUCAUCAAACUAUGUACAAAAAUUUGCCGAUACCCCUUUUAUCGAAAUCAGAAGAAAAAGACCAACACUAAAGGGAUCCAUACGAGAUUUAUCCGAAGAACUGGAUGUUGCAGUGGAAGAGCGUGCAAUCAUUCAAAGAAAAUGUCCACAAUCUUGGGCAGAUAUUGUGCACGAAAGUCACCAAUAAUUAUAGCAAUUAUUUGUAUGUGUAUGUAACUCUUAACAUUUAUUAACAUACUGGUAAUAAAUGUAGACCUUGUAUUAUAAUGUUUAUAAAAAUAACGAACGUUACAAAUCUCCUUUCAUAUGAAGUUAUGUCUGGGCACAGAGUUAGCUUUGAAUGCAUCUUUUAGCCUUUAUUUUUUACAUUUCAUUUUUCAUAACAUUUCGCCUUUGAUAACAUUUGAUGCCAUUCUGAUUCUCAUCUGUACACAAACUGAGUUCAGUUAAUUUACAUAUUCUUAGCCAAGUGGUCUGUGUUGGUUUGUUCGUUGUGUGUCUCGUUUAUUGACCGUUGGGCUUUGACUUUGUACCUUUUUUAAUAAAAGAUGGGAAAAGUAAGGUCAUAGACAUGCUAACUAGUUUAAGCCUCCGGUAGACUCGAGUUCCAGUGAACUCCUGAUUCACUGCCCGUUUUAAGGCGGUAAUCCCAUCAUUUAACGGUAAAGCAAUUUUAAUGAGGGCAUGAUUUGUUGGUGUUGUUUGUAUU